AUGGCAAAAGCCAUGGCUAUGGCGCUUCCUCUUCUAUGUGCACUACUCUGCAUCUCUCUGGCUCCCAAUGUCGCCAAUGCCUUCACUGCUUCCGCUUGGACCAAAGGCCACGCCACUUUCUACGGCGGCAGUGACGCCUCCGGCACCAUGGGCGGGGCAUGUGGGUAUGGCAACCUAUACUCGACUAAGUAUGGCACAAGGACUGCUGCCCUAAGCACAGCUCUGUUCAACGACGGCGCCUCAUGUGGAGAGUGCUACAAGAUCAUAUGUGACUACAAAACAGACCCUAGAUGGUGCAUUAAGGGCAGAUCGAUAACGAUCACUGCAACGAAUUUCUGUCCUCCAAAUUUCGCGCAAGCCAAUGACAACGGUGGCUGGUGCAACCCGCCAUUGAAGCACUUCGACAUGGCUCAACCGGCAUGGGAGAAGAUUGGGAUCUACAGAGGUGGAAUCAUCCCUGUCAUCUACCAAAGGGUGCCAUGUAAGAAGCACGGGGGAGUGAGGUUCCAGAUUAACGGGAGGGACUAUUUCGAGUUGGUGACCAUCACCAACGUGGCGGGAGCGGGAUCUAUCAGGUCGGUUUCCAUCAAGGGUUCCAAGACAGGGUGGUUGCCCAUGUCGAGGAAUUGGGGGGCGAACUGGCAAUCGAAUUCUUACCUCAACGGGCAGCCCAUGUCGUUCCAAAUCACAACCACCGAUGGAGAGAUGAGAACGUUCAAUAAUAUCGUACCAGCCAACUGGGGAUUCGGCCAAACUUUCUCGAGUCGAGUACAGUUCUAG